AAACGGCAUUUUUGAAUGCGUCAACUGCUUCUUCUGGUGACUGGAACCUUUGACUACGCAGGCUGUUUUUAAUUUUCGGGAAAAAAUCGUUAGGACCUAAAUCGGGACUAUAUGGAGGAUGGUCCAGUAAUUGCACGGUUUCUUUCGUUGAAAACUGCCUUGUUUUUUGGGCUGUGUGUAAGCUUGCAUUGUCUUGGUGGAGGAUGAUU